AGAGACAGACACUGCACAGUUGGGUCUCUCCACCUAAACACAUCACUUCCAGUCUGCUUUUCUCUUUGUUGAUAACCCAAGGUUAUUCUGGAAACCCUAAGCUCCUGAGAGCAACCAGAACAAGCUAGUUACACUGUGCCAGUUGAUCUAAGACCUCUCCACAUGAUGGGUUCUGUGCUCCCAGCAGAAGCCUUGGUGCUGAAGAGUGGACUGAAGCAAUCAAGCCUGUCCCUGGCUGAAAUGAUCACCUCUGACAUCCUUCACAGCUUCCUCUAUGGUCGCUGGAGGAAUGUCCUUGGGGAACAGUUGUUUGAAGAAAAGAAUAACCACAGCAGCCCCAAAACUGCCUUCACAGCAGAGGUCCUGGCACAGUCCUUCUCUGGAGAGGUCCAAAAACUCUCCAGCCUGGUGCUGCCUUCUGAAGUUAUCAUAGCCCAGAGCUCCAUCCCUGGAGAAGGCUUGGGCAUCUUCUCCAAGACCUGGAUCAAAGCUGGCACCGAGAUGGGACCAUUCACUGGGAGGGUCAUCUCACCUGAGCAUGUGGACCUGUGCAAGAACAACAACCUAAUGUGGGAGGUAUUUAAUGAAGAUAGCACUGUGCGUUACUUCAUUGACGCCAGCCAGGAGGACCACCGCAGUUGGAUGACAUACAUUAAGUGUGCGCGUAAUGAACAGGAGCAGAACCUGGAGGUGGUACAGAUUGGGAACAGCAUCUUCUACAAAGCCAUAGAGACUAUCCCGCCAGAUCAGGAAUUGUUGGUUUGGUAUGGAAACUCUCAAAGCAGUUUUCUUGGAAUCCCAGGAGUCCCAGGCAUGGAAGAGGAACAGAAGAAGAAUAAGCAUGAUGAGUUUGGGGGUGUGGAUACUUCAGGACCAACAAUGAGUGGUCGCAUGCGUUGUGUGAUCUGUCACCGUGGUUUCAAUUCUCGCAGCAAUCUUCGGUCUCACAUGCGGAUCCACACAUUGGACAAGCCCUUCGUCUGUCGCUUCUGCAACCGCAGAUUUAGUCAGUCCUCUACUCUACGUAACCAUGUUCGUCUACACACAGGGGAACGUCCUUAUAAGUGCCAGGUUUGCCAGAGUGCCUACUCACAACUGGCAGGACUUCGAGCUCACCAGAAGAGUGCUCGUCACCGCCCGCCCAGCAGCUCAAUGCAGGCUCACUCCCCUAACUUGCCAGUCCCACACCCAGCCUCACUGGCACAUCACAUCCCUACUAUGGUACUUUGAAGGCAGCACAAUAAUCACUAUCCAUUGGUCUCAAGGCCAGGCUUACAUAUGGACAUUUCUGUAUACCUAGGUCUGGGGCUGUGGUGGUUUAAGCUGUUGGUCUAUUUUGCAGAUGGGCUCUUGUACCUACAAAGUUUGACACUGCCAACCAAAACAUGUCAC